AUGAGCUCCGAGUCUCGCCAAGGCCCCGGGGUAGGCGGAAAAUCCAAACGUCGAUGGACCGACCCUGAUGACGAUGGCAAGUCCAAUCCGGCGGACGAUCUGUCCGCCCAACCCAAGCGACAGCGUGUGUCCCGGGCAUGCGACAGCUGUCGCUCCAAGAAAGAUAAAUGUGACGGGGUCCAGCCCGUGUGUUCGACAUGUGCAUCGCUGAGCCGACCCUGUACGUACAAGGCCAAUCCCAAGAAACGCGGUCUUCCGACAGGCUAUAUUCGAUCACUCGAGUUGCUGUGGGGGCUGGUCUUCCAGAAGAUUCAAGGUAGCGAAGAUGUGAUGCGCGCCUUAAUACGAUCUAUCAAUCUCCCAAGUCACCUGGCCACGAUGGGCAAAGAAGCCGAAGGAUCGGAUACACUGCUGUCUUCCUUCAAGAAUAGCACGGUAUUGAGAGAUAUUGAGCGGAUUCUAGUAGUGCUGGAGCAACCUGAGGAGGAGAGGGAGCGCCUUUUCCAGGCAUAUGGUGAUGGAGACACACCCCUCGAUAUUGAUGGCAUUCUUGCUUCCUCCGAGGCCUUGGAAUGGCAAAUCCCGGAAGGAUUGGAACAGCGUGAAACUUCACUUACGGCGGGCAUGUCACCAUCCCGUGCAUCGAUGAUCGGCUCGGCUUCAAGGCCUGGGUACCGCACUAGAGAAUGUGGUGUUCAAACGUCAACGUCGGACGAAUUUGACCCCUCGCUCGCCAUUGCCUUCAAUCCCGAAGAUCCACGAAUGAUUUCAACAAGCUCUCCCCUUCAACUCCCUUAUAAUGCAUGGCCGCUUCUCGAUAUUUAUUUCUCGUAUACUCAAUGCUGGUUUCCCAUCCUCGAAAAACACGACAUACUCCGAACGGCAUUCCAAUACACCGAGGGCGAUGUGUACAUGUCUCGCACUGCACCCGGCUCUGGGGACCAUGCCGCCCUAUGGGCUGUAUUGACCCUCGCCUCUCUCCAAGACGCUUCCAUCAACUCCGUUGGGGGCAUGGAUGGUCAGUCCAACAGAAUCAAUCCGUUACAAUUAUACAACACCGCGAGGAAUCUAAUCCCUUCCGAGGUUGGCCCAUAUGAAGUCGGACACGUCCAAGCCUUGUUAAUUUUAUCUCUCAUUAAGUUUGGCCAGCAAGAAUGGACUGCGGCUUGGAUGCUUGUCGGCCAUGCCGUUCGUGUUGCUCUCACCCUGGGCCUUGAUCAAUUGUCUUUCUCGGGGACACCGUCAAGGUCUCCCGAACAAGAGAAACAGGUUGGACGAGCCAAGCAUGUAUUUCUGGGUUGCUUUGUCCUCGAAACUCUCAUUGCCGAGCAGACGUCACAAUGCCCAUCUCUUCGAAAAGACGAUUUGUCCAGGGUAGGUCUCAUCAAUGAAGACGGACUGGAGGAGUGGCAUCCGUGGGAAGAUCAGACGGGGCUGCGGCCAACGCAGUCAGCCAGGGCUUCCAUGCAACGUGGACCACUUCAUGCGCUUAGCACAUUUAACCGACUUGUUUCCCUGGUUUCCAUCUUGAAUGAUCUCUGCUUCCUGAAGCAAGACCCAACGGUUUCUCGGUCGCAGCUGGAGUCCUUGGAGGUACAGUUACAACGUUGGGCUUCGGCCCUUCCAAAAAGCUAUCGGAUUGACUUUCAAAGCCGUCCCAUCAAGCUAGGCUCGCCUCAUAUCUUCGGACUUGAGAUGACGUACCAAGGCAUCGCUUCCGCGUUAAGUCUGCAGGUCGCAGCUCGUGAAAUCGACCAGAACAUCCCGGGAAUGCCUCACAAAACACGUGCUAUUGAAAGCGCAAAACGGCUUUUACAAUUGCUUCAGAUAUACAUGGAGACCUACAGCUUCUCUGCGACUAUUCCGACGUUUGGCAUGAUGCUCAACUACUGUCUACCACGGCUUUCUCCGCGUGAUGCUGUUUCAGACAUUGAACUGGGCGUUCGUAACAAAAUACAGUCCUUCUCAUCCCACCUUGGGCAGCUCUGGUCUAUGCCAGAUCGGCCAAAUACGUCACAAAGCGCGUUCCAGAGGAACAUGGGGGCGGCUGCUUCUCCAAUAUCAUUACACCCACCAAAUAUCACCCCGGUUGAAGACCAGACCAUGCAGCAUCUAAUGCCGGGAACAACCGAUCCUCGACCUCCAGCAGAAGGCCACCUUCCUAACACUUCACAUCCCUCGACAUCCGACCCUUUCCUCCCCACACCUUGGCUCAGAGGUCCUUCCCAUAUUGACGAUGGGUCUUCCUUACUGCAAACACCCACCCCAUCUCUGACCACCGUCGGUGGUGCCUCCGAAGUCUCAGCACAGCCAAGUCAAUUAGACAACGGCAUGUCCAGCGGACUCCGCCAGUCUACACCGGCUCCCUCCAAACCUCACAACGGGCCUGGAAUGAUUCCCGAACUCGCUCACCAAUUUCCUGGGGGGCAAUAUCCCCCGGCGUAUCAAGACCCUUCACUCGGCCUCGGUCCCUUCGUCGACAUGGAUGGCUACGGGCAGCCGCGGCGACAGCAGCGGAUUGCUCCAGAUUUGGAUGCCUUGUUUGACGAGCUGGCGUCGUUGGACGGUGCCGAAAAGGCCGAUAACUCAUCCGAGUUCAUGCAGAACCUCGGCUUCGUCUCUGACUCGGGCGUACCGGAAGUGUACUCAUUCUCAAGUCAAAUCGAACCCUUCCUGCUCGCACAAACGCAACAAAUGCCAGGGAGCCAAUCUACUGGUGUAGGGAGAGAGUCGCAGCCUCUUGAUAUAUCAGGGACGCCGAAGCGAUGA